AUGGUUAAUCUAUCAGUUCUCGCUACCUUUUUGGCUAGCUCUGCUCUCGUAGCCAGUGCUCCAUCUCCUGCUCCAGAAGAUUUGGACAAGCGCGCCGAUUGCACAUUCACCAGUGCAGCUACUGCCAUAGCCCAAAAGAAAGGAUGUUCUACUAUCACCUUGAACAAUGUUGCUGUACCAGCCAAUACCACUCUUGAUUUAACCGGCCUCACUACCGGCACCAAAGUUAUCUUCCAAGGAACUACUACCUUUGGCUACUAUGAAUGGGAGGGACCUCUCGUCUCCAUCUCCGGAACUGACAUUGUCGUUACUGGUGCUGCUGGAAACAAGCUUGACGGAGGCGGUGCAAGAUGGUGGGAUAAACUUGGCUCCAAUGUUACUCCUGGUAACGGCAAAGUAAAGCCUAAGUUCUUUGCCGCCCACAAGUUGCUUGGAUCAUCCAGUAUCACUGGUUUGAACUUCCUCAAUGCACCAGUUCAAUGCAUUUCUGUCGGUCAAUCUGUGGGCCUCUCGCUCAUCAACAUCAACAUUGACAACUCCGCCGGAGACACCAAUCAACUUGCCCACAACACAGAUGCUUUUGACAUCAACUUGAGUCAAAAUAUCUACAUUUCGGGCGCAAUUGUGAAGAAUCAAGAUGAUUGUGUUGCCGUUAACUCCGGUACUAACAUCACUUUCACUGGCGGAAACUGCUCAGGAGGACAUGGUCUCUCCAUCGGCUCAGUCGGUGGCCGCUCCGGCACUGGAGCAAACGACGUCAAGGAUGUCAGAUUCUUGUCCUCUACUGUUAGCAAAUCCAGCAACGGUGCUCGUAUUAAGACUGUCAGCGGUAAAACCGGCACAGUCUCCGGCAUAACCUAUCAAGAUAUCACCUUAGUUGGCAUCACUGGUUAUGGUAUCGUUAUUGAACAAGACUAUGAAAAUGGUAGCCCUACUGGCACCCCAACUUCCGGAGUUCCGAUCACCGGUGUCACUAUGAACAAUGUCCAUGGCACUGUUACUGGUGGUCAAAAUACUUACAUUCUUUGCGCCAACUGCUCUGGCUGGACUUGGAAUAAGGUUGCUAUCACCGGAGGAACUGUUAAGAAGACCUGCAAAGGUAUCCCGACAGGAGCCUCUUGUUAA